CCCUGCGCCGCCUGCGGGCAAACCUGUCCCCGGCCGCCGCCGACAGGUGACGAAGUGGUAAAAACUCACGGUUACUAGUGAGCGACACAGACACAGACUUUUCCAGUCUAUUAACAACCACGCCAGAGAGAUGGGGCUCUAACUGCAAAGACUGGGCAACGGCCCCGCGCUGCCGGCGCUGCCGCUCUAGUCUGUAUUCGCCGCCGGAGGCUGAGGCGUGGGAGCCGGCGGGCGGCGGGCGGCGACGCGGGGAUUUGGACAGUGGCCGUAACGGUGAUUUCUCCUCACCAACAUGGCGGCACCCGAAACAGGCGGCUCAGAAAAUGGCGCCGGCCGCAACACCUUGCCCGGGACUAAAGGGCAAGUGGAAUUCCUCCGCGAGCCGCGGCCCUCUCCCAGGCCGCCGGGGCUGAGCGCUCUAGCCAUUGGAGGAAACCGCCCGUCAGUCACCUCCAGGGGCGGGCCUUUACUACGCUCGCUGCGGCCGCGGAGGCAGCAAUCUGAUGGCUGCGAGGCCGGGGAUGCGGUUCGGUGGCGCUUGGAGUUAUAUCGGGCGGGGCAGGUCACCCCGUCAGGCCUGCUAUGUCCACCAGGUCCUCUGUGCCCAUUUCUCGAUGUUCCUGCGAGACUCGUCGUCUAAGGCUUUGGAGUUCCGGACCCAUCACACCCUCCACCCCGCCACCGUUAACUGCGCGACAAAGAAAGGAACCCUGGACUGGUGGUUAUCUUUGUAAAAAAAAAAAAAAAAAAGAAAGAAAACCUUUCUUUGUUGCCUAAAGAACUCGAAAUCAUCCUUAAGCCCUUAAACUUGUGGCUCUUAUGUCUCCGUAGUGUAAGGAAGACUGCUUGGCAUGUAACUUUUUCUAUACUAGAUUCACCCAGUCAUUACUUGACGAUUAAAAAUAGCUGUUGAGGUAAUUAAAAUAUGAUCUUAUGUCUGUUAGCGGUUUAGAUGUGGAAUGCAUUCGAGUAUUUCAUAAGAACAAGACUGCAUUUCUUCGUAUAUCCAUGGCCAUCAGAAAUAGUCUUGAAAUGAUGAGUAAUGUAUACUUAAUUCUGAAGGAAAGUUAAUUUCUUUUAUUAAAAUGAUGAGCUUAAAUGUCCAAUCUUCCUAAAUACACGACAUCUUUUGUCUUUGGGUGUUCUGAUGUGUAAAUAACGUGCAUUCAAAGAGCAAUUGCGAUUAGCUAAAUGUGAAAAGAGAAAAAAAGCAGCUAUUACAUUUUUUUAGUUGAAUGCAGCUAUUGACAAGACUUGAACCUUGACAGGUCUUCAGGCGGCGGCCCAUUAUUUAUAGGAAACUUUCAAAAGGCACAUCUAUUUUAUCUAGAGAAGCAAUAUUACUUUUUGGAACUAAAAUGUAAAGCCUCUUCAUUUAAUUAACCGUUUUACUAAGAACAGUGAAAGGCUUUUGAGGUGUAACAGCUGCUCUUCACAACUGCAUUUUCUGCUUAGACAUUAAAAUAAAGACUUAGGAUUUGAAUUUGAUAUUUUUUUAAUUAAAAAGAAAAUCUUUGAACUGGUACACAUUUGAAUAUUUGCUGUUUUCAAAUUCGUUUGAAAGUUUAAACGCACACCAAAAUAAAUUCUGGGUAUUAGCUUACUCAGAAAAAAACAACUUUUGAAAUGUUGCCUCCAGACAAAAUUAAGAUACUGACACACUUGGAAGGUCCCAUUGUUGGCUGUUUAGGCCAACUCAAGCAGCAGGGAAAGGAUUCCCGGUGGUGUACUCUAUUUGUAAACUUGUAUACUUUAUACACCCUCAAGGCAGGAGAGCCACAGCUCUCAGUUGGCUGAGCUCAAAGCAGCCAGGCCCCGCCCCCAGACUUCCCUAACCGCCCGAAAGGUCGUUUUCUAAGGGCUACUGCAGUCAUUGGCAAUCUGGUAUGUGAGAGUGGCCAGGCACUGCCCUUACAGGAAAAAAAAAGAAAAAAAAAUCCCACCAUCCCCUGAAAAGGAAGUCUCACUAGUCCCUGGGCUUGUCACAGAAACCAGUUCCUGAGCAUGAAAACCCACAAAUCCCUGAGCAGAAAAAUUCACCAAUCCCUGGAAAUCCCAAGCUCUGGACUUGAAAUCCCAGCAGUCCUCAGCCUGAAAACUGGACAGCUCCGUCCCCUAAGAAAUCCUAUGUAAGGCCUGCCUUCAGCUCAGUCAGGGGCUGUUUUCUCGCCUGAGCAGAGGCGGCUGUCUUUCUGCGGUUUUCCCUCCCAAUAAAUCCCU